GUAUCUGAAAUCGGAACCGGAAGUAGGAAAACACUCCUCCUCCUACCGUUGGAGUCACCUUGACUCAUUAUGUGCCUAGUGACGUCAUCACACGACUUGCGUCAUCACCUCAUCGGUUGUUUGUAUGUUUCGAAAGUGAGGGUACUUACUAUUUUUUCCAGGUAUUCCACAUGUGAGAAAUGUCUGCGGCUGCUGUGCAACAGUUCCGGCUUCGCUGGAACAACCACCAGCCCAAUUUUAUUUCAGUGUUUACUACUCUCCUAAAUUCUGAAUCACUUGUGGAUGUUACAUUGGGGGCAGAGGGCAAACAUGUGCAGGCACAUAAAGUUGUUUUGUCUGCCUGUAGUUCAUACUUCCAGACUCUUUUUACAUUGAACCCUUGUCAACACCCAAUUGUGAUACUGAAAGAUGUUAAAUAUGAUGAUCUUAAGGUCAUUGUAGAUUUUAUGUACUACGGAGAAGUAAAUGUUUCACAAGAGCAAUUGCCUGCAAUAUUAAAGACAGCUGAAAUGUUGAAAGUAAAAGGACUUGCUGAAAUGCCAGAACAGAAUCAUAUAUCAUUGAGUAAAUCUAGAAGCCUAUCAUCAGAUAAAGGUGAUGAUGUGGCUACUCCUCCAGGAGAUAGUGCCAGUGGCUGGGGCUCAGACUCAGUCCGUCACUCUCCCUCUCCUCAACCAAUGUCACCAGCCAUGAGACGUAAAAGACUUCGGAAAACUUCAUCUGGUUCAGGUUCAGGAUCAACAGAAAGAACAUCAGAGGAACUAUCAGUAGACAUAAAUGUGGUGAAAGCAGAACCCAUGUCUUUCCAAUCAGAAGGUGAAAGCAUAAGGAGUAGUGGCUCAUUAAGAAAUAGUCUUCAAGAAGCAAGUACAGAGUCAGAGCCUCCCGAUGGAACAUCUAUAGAAAGUUUGGAAGAUCCGAACCAUAUGCAUUCAUCUCAAGAGAAUACAAGUGGACAAAAUGCAGACAGUACACCAGGAACUUCUACCAUGUACAAUCCAACUGCAGGAAGAUUUGGAAGCAAACGUGGACGUCAUCUUAUCCGCCAGUCUCGAGUGAAGAAGGAUUGUGACACUGCUGGAGCAGCUCAAACAUCGCCAGAAAGUGACGAACAAGGCUCACCUCAUGUACACAGCUCUGUCAAAUUGGAACAUUCAUCACCAGAUCGCUUGCCAGCAAAUCAGACUCCUUCACGGGGCUCCUCUCCAGUUCCUAUUCGAGAAAUAUGUGUGAAAAGAGAUGGCUCUAGAGAAAAGAUUUCUACUGUCACUGUUUCAUCUAGUGGGGGUCAGCAACUUACUGUCCCAGGUUUGAGAAUUGAGCGUCAAAUUUCUGACUCCAAACAGCCAAGUUCAAUAUCGUCACCACAGCCAACCAAUCAGUCCAUGUCUCUUUUAAGUGUGCCGACAACGUAUCUUGUGAAGCAGCAUUCUCAUCCAAAUCUUCCUAGCCAUAGCAGUGCGCCUCUUGUUAAUGUUGUACAACGGCAGCACUCACAGCCCAGCAGAUUACCAACACAACACCCAUUUAUGUCAUCUUUAAGUCUCGAGAGGAUGCCUGAGGGUGAGCCGUCUCCUACCUCAGUGUCUGUGGUGUCAAAUCCCUCCUCAAGUAUGGGAUCUGCUCAAUUAAUGCGUCUUGUUGCUGAGCCGCCUCUAAGUUUACGAAGAACUGCAUCAUCAUCUCCUCAGUCAUCAUCACCAUUAGAUCUAGGUCCCAGUGCAAGUUUGACAAUAGAACCUGCACGUUCUGGACAUUGCCCUGUGCAACGUGAGGGUCCUGCCCUAGGAUGUAAUUUCUGCUGGAAUACUAUUGACAAUCAUGGUCGCACACUAAGGAGAAAAACCAAGUACCACUGUCCUGAAUGCAAAACUAAUUUGUGCAUCGUACCUUGUUUCCAGGAAUACCAUGAACAGCAGAAUAAGAAAGAGGCUGCGUUGGGUUCAUUAGCAACAGGCAGUACUUCAUCAAGUUUAGUCCGACUUCUACCUAAGACAAGCUCAAUUUGAGUAUAAUUUGAGACCAGACCAAGCUUGUUUCUGAAUAUUGGAAAAUUCAUUAUGUGCUGUGAAACUCAUAGUCAUAACAUCAAAAUCUUAUUUUGAAUGUUGUAUCCUGCCUUUUGUGGUGUAUUGUGUUCUCCUGACUGAUUGUUUCUAAGAUGUUUACAAUGUUGUGUGUGUGUGGUUUUUUUUCUGUUUUGUGUGCUUGUUGUAACUCUACAGUAAAUGAUACUAGUUGCCUUCAUUUAAUUUGUUGUAGCAGCAAUGUUUGGGGCUCACUUCAGCUCACAGCUUGCAAAUUAUCCCAAUUUUAUUGCACUGUGUAUCGGUAAAAUAGUUUACUCUCUGUUCGUUUGUUUUGAUUCUUUGAGUGUAGCUCUUAUAAUGUCUUAAUUUAAUUUCAGAAUAAUUUUAAAAGUGAAACUUAACCUCUUAUUUUUUAGUCAAAUAUUAUAGGGAUUUUCUCUUGUUUCUUUUAGAAAGUUAUAAUUCUGUGAACUGAACAGUCCAAAUUGUUGAUUUUUUUUAAUUACUUUUUUUCUUUAGAAGGUUUUGAGGCCUUUGAUGAAAAAUAUUUUACUUAGAUGAUUUGUCAUUUUCUUCUCAUACCUUAAAAUCUUCACUUAAGCUGUUUUCUAAUGUAACAUUUCCUUUGUCAAAUCAGUAUUAUGUUCAUAGGUAAAUGUGUAUAUAGGUUACUAUGGUGUAACAUACCCAAAUGCCACAUCUGUUCUGGUAGUUUCACUUAAUUGUUUCUUUUUCCCCUGUACAAUACCAUCUGCAGUAAUUGGUGAAUUGGUGCACGAUUUGGAUAAGAGGUGACAUCAAACUGCAGAUUUACAUAUGGUCAAGGUUUAUGUGAAAAGGGGUCUUAAAGCCAGGAGACUGAAUAAUGUUCCAUGCAUCGCAGAAUUUUUCGUUCAAUCCCCCAUCAAAUUAAAGGUUCUGUUUCCUUCAUUUGUUCAGUGCACAAUGCUGAAAAAUGCAGUUUGUGUUAUUAUAAUCUUAAUUUAUCAAUAGUACAAGAAGUAUGUCUCAUACUUUGUAAAUUUUUCAAAGGAAACUUUACAAUUUUGAGGAAACAUGAAGCACAAGUAAUUUCUAAAAUAGAGGUAAUGAAAUAAAUCACUAUUUUCUACAGAGUUAAAUGCUAUUUCAUGUUAGGUAGAGUAGAUUGUGAUGUGACUGUUAUGACAAUAGUCUGUUCUUCUCUGCAAUGAUUACCUUAGGAAUUUUGUGAUGAUUUUGGUGUCAUCACCUCAUUUCUAGAUUGACAUGCUGAGUAAUGUGUUUUGUUUGAUCAUGUAAGUAUGGCUUUCUCAUUCCUAGAGUGUCUGCUACUGUUACCUGUUAAAUUAUGUCUGUGUUAUAAUUUAAUAGCUGUUUUUUUUUGUUUUUUUUUUAACAAACUUGGUAAGACUAAAGCAAGGGAUCGAAAGUACAGUACAUUUAAGCUGUACUUAGUAGUACUUGGCUAUAGACACGUUCACUUUGCCAAAAGUGUUCGGAUUUUGAGCGGGCUACUUCCUAAAGUGUUCUACUUCCAAAAUGAUGAACAAAAAUAUUUUUUUCAGAUUUUUUGGACCAGGGGAAAAGGUCCCCCUAGGCCUUCAAAUUUAACAUGGGGCUCUUAUGGAAGAAAAGCCAAAAAAGUGAAAUUUGCCAUUAUCGGCUUCCAAAUGCAAUUU